AUGUUUCGAUCACAUGAGACCGCUAAGAGUUUGACUUGGCAUGCUGCUAGAAAAUCAAUUGACGGUUAUAUGUCUCAUCCAGCGGAUUCCCCGUCUUGGAAACUUCUUGAUGAUAAAUGGCCCGAGUUUGGUAAUGAGCCGAGAAACUUGAGAUUGGCUCUUUCAUCUGAUGGAUUCAAUCCCCACAGUUCUCUAAGUAGCAGAUAUAGUUGCUGGCCAGUUAUCUUAGUUACAUAUAAUCUCCCUCCAUGGCUGUGCAUGAAACGAAAGUUCAUGAUGUUGACCUUAUUGAUUUCCGGUCCUAAACAGCCCGGAAAUGAUAUAGACGUCUACUUGGAGCCUUUGAUUGAUGAUUUAAAAUCUUUGUGGGAUGGGAUUGGAGGAGUGUAUGAUGCACAUAAUGGAGAAUACUUUACACUCAGAGCUGCAUUAAUGUGGACAAUUAAUGAUUUCCCCGCCUAUGGAAACUUAUCUGGUUGUGUUGUUAAAGGAUAUAAAGCUUGUCCAAUAUGCGGCGAUGAUACACCUAGUCACAGGUUGAAAAAUGGCCACAAAAUUUGUUACAUUGGGCAUAGAAAAUGGUUACCGAUCAAUCAUCCAUAUAGGAGGCAACGUGCAGCUUUUAAUGGGAAACCUGAAUAUGGCACGCCUCCUGAGCCAUUAACCGGAGAAGAAGUGCUGCAUAUGGUUGAAGAUGGUGACAGAGUUUGUUGGAAGAAGAAAUCAAUAUUCUUUGAUCUCGAGUAUUGGAAAUACCUUCCUGUGAGGCAUGUCCUAGAUGUUAUGCACAUUGAGAAGAAUGUUUGCGAUAGUAUCAUUGGUACAUUGCUGGAGAUCCCUGGAAAAAAUAAAGAUGGGAUUGCUGCUCGAUUAGAUUUAUUGAACAUGGGGGUCAAAACUGAUUUGCAACCCGAGUAUGGAGAAAGACGUACUCGUUUGCCUCCCGGGCCUUGGAAUUUGUCAAGAGCAGAGAAGAGAGAGGUUUGCAAUUCUUUCUAUGGUAUGAAGGUCCCUGAAGGUUAUUCUUCAAAUAUAAAAAAUCUUGUAUCUUUACAAGAUUCAAGACUUCUUGGCCUUAAAUCACAUGAUUGUCAUACCUUAAUGCAACAAUUGCUCCCUGGGCAAAUUCGUUGUUUUGGAGAAGCCUGCAAGGCAACAUAUGAUCCACAUCCAGACCGCUUUAUCCAAAAUUUAGAAAGAGAACAAAGUGGCUGCAGGAUAAGCACAAUAGCACUUUCAUUCAAUGGCUACGCCAAGGUUCAAAGUGAACUUAAUGAGGACAAUCAUGGCGUAUCAGAAAAUUUAAGGUGGCUAGCAGCUGGUCCAAACAUGGCAGUGCCAUUAUAUAGGAGCUAUCUCAUUAAAGGUAUUAAAUUCAACAUCAAGGCACAAGAUGAUGUGCGGACAACUCAAAAUAGUGGAGUUUAUUUACUUGCACAUACUAUGCAAGUUGCUAGUGCCAAGGAUAAAAACCCAAUUCUCUCAAAUAUGGGUUUCUAUGGUGUCAUUCAAGAAAUUUGGGACCUUGACUACCAAAAGUUUACAAUCCCAGUCUUUAGGUGUGAUUGGAUUGAUAAUACUUCUGGUCUUGUAGUGGACGAACUUGGAUUUACCCUUGUAGAUUUGAGUAAAAUUGGACAUAGGAAUGACCAAUUUGUUUUGGCUUCUCAAGUCAAACAAGUAUUUUUUGUUGACGACCCGAUGCAUCGUGGUUGGUCGGUAGUGUUAUCAAUGCCUAAUAGAGAAUAUAAUGAUGUUAUUGGUGAUGAUGUCUUAGGUGAUGUGAGAAUUGAGUGUGAGCCAUUUACUAGGGGAUGCCAAAUGUUGACACAUUUGAUGAAGUGGUGGUUGAGUUAG